AUUUGGCUGCCUUGAAAACAAUGCAUCUAUGUUUCAAGCGUAUCAAAGCGGUCCGUAGGCUACUGUUUUUGUUCAUUUAUCCUUAUUCUAGGAGUUGAGUGAUAUUUUCUAAGUGCAUUGCUAUUGGAGGGCUGCGAACGUAGUGCAAAAAGGGGCAGAUUCUAACUUGAUGCCAUGCUUCGUGCUCGUGUUAUACAAUGAAAAAAAACGUUAGAUACGAAAAUUAUUGUAAAGCACAAAAGAAAUUGGACUCGUUGCUGUUGUGUAAUGAGAGCUUUUAUUUUUAGUUCACGCCGUGUGUGAUAAUUCACAAUCAUUUUUAGCUACUUUCUCCGUUUUUUAUUUGUAAUUCUUUGUUGCUAGCUAGCUAGAUAUAUUUCAUUUUCAUACAGGAACGCAACUGACCAGUUAGCUAGGUGGCUAGCUACUCCGAAAAUACGUUAGCUGCUACCGAAGUUAAUGUAUUCUUUAUUCUACGAGUGACUGGCUACUUGUAUGGAACUAAGCGGAUUCCUAUUGGACGGCGAGUGUGUGAGCGAGGAGGCAAAACUCUAGCUAGCUAGCUAAUGAUCUUAGGGCAACUUAAUAAUCUCUUUGCACCAAGUCGGGACUUCAAUUAUUUAUCCGUGUGGAUAGCUAUGGCGCUGGAGAGAGGAGGACCAGUUAUCCGGCCAGGUGCUAUACUCUUGGGCGUGAAUUGGAUGGUGUUCAAAAGUGGAGACGGUGUGAAGGCUGACGGCUCUCCAGGACUGAGUUGCAGACAGAAGUUAUUAAUGAUGGAAUUACAAACAUUACAGGAGGCGCUGAAAGUGGAAAUACAGGUCCAUCAGAAACUAGUUGCCCAGAUGAAGCAGGAUCCACAGAAUGCUGAUUUGAAGAAGCAGCUCCACGAACUUCAAGCCAAGAUAACAGCACUGAGCGAGAAGCAGAAAAAGGUCGUGGAGCAGCUGAGGAAGGACCUGCUGGUGAAGCAGGAGCCGCCGGAGAUCAAGGCGCAGGCGCAGCCGGCGGAGAACAAGCAUACCGCGCACACCGCGCAGCCGGACAGCAAGGCACAGGCCCCGCCCUCGGCCCAGGCCCCGCUGUCCCUGCCGCCUCAGAACCUGAGCGCCCACCAGAGGACCGUGACGGUCACCCCGGUCAUCACCACUAAGACUCUACCUCUGGUGCUGAAAGCCGCCACCCCGACCAUGCCCGCUUCCGUGGUGGCGCAGAGGCCCACCGUCGCCAUGGUGACGGCCAUCACCAACACGCCCAAGCCCAGCGUCGUCAACUCCGACUCGCAGACGGCGCCAAUCAACCUCCAGACGUCCGGCAAGCUGACCAAUCAGGGAGCCGAGUCCAUGCGGAUCGUCUCCAAGAACGCCGUUGUCGUGCAGGCCACCGCCACCUCCGCUGCCCAGCCAAUCAAAGUCCCGCAGUUUAUCCCUCCCCCCAGAUUGACGCCUCGGCCCAACCUCCUGCCGCAGGUCCGGCCCAAGCCCAUCACGCCCAACAACGUGCCCAUCGCCCCCGCGCCCCCGCCCAUGAUGGCGGCCCCCCAGCUGCUCCAGCGGCCCGUGAUGCUGACCACCAAGCUGACGGCCACCUCGCUGCCCUCCGCCACCGGCCCGAUCCACCAGGUGCGCAUCAUGAACGGCCAGCCCUGCUCCACCGUCGCCAAGACCCUGCCCGCGGGCCAGCUGACGGGCAUCGUCAUCACCACCCCCGCCACCACCCGCCUGGCCAGCCCCCAGACCCUGCAGAUCAGCAGCCUCAGCCCUGACACCAAGACUGUUAAAGCGCAGGGAGGGACAGAUCGAAAGGCAUCGGCGACCACCCCGUCCUCCCCCAACACUCCGCCUCCCCCGCCACCCAAGCCCAAACACGAGGAGAGCCCCCAGAAACUUGCCUUCAUGGUGUCUCUAGGGCUUGUGACACACGACCACUUGGAAGAGAUCCAGAGCCGGAGACAGGAACGCAAGCGGAGGACGACGGCGAACCCAGUUUACAGCGGGGCGGUGUUCGAACCCGAGCGCAAGAAGAGCGCGGUCACCUACCUGAACACCCUGCACCAAGGCACCAGGAAGAGAGGUCGCCCUCCCAAAUACAGCAGCGUUCCGGAGCUGGGCUGCCACACCCCGACCUCCCCCUCCAGCAGUCAUCCCGCCUCCCCGGCCCCCGACAAGCUGGAGACGGGGGGCUUUCACUUCCCUGCCCACCCCCACACCCUCCCUCUGCCCAGCCCCAGCUCCGGGGAUGGAGACAUCCAUGAGGAUUUCUGCACUGUGUGCAGGCGCAGUGGCCAGUUGCUCAUGUGUGACACGUGCUCGCGUGUCUACCACCUGGACUGCCUGGAACCACCACUGAAAAGCAUUCCAAAGGGCAUGUGGAUCUGCCCCAAAUGUCAAGACCAGAUUUUGAAGAAAGAAGAAGCCAUUCCUUGGCCGGGAACCCUGGCAAUAGUCCAUUCCUACAUCGCGUAUAAAGCAGCUAAAGAGGAGGAGAAGCAGAAGCUGGUGAAGUGGAGCUCGGAGCUGAAGCAGGAGCGUGAGCAGCUGGAGCAGAGGGUCAAACAGCUCAGUAAUUCCAUAACGAAAUGCAUGGAGACCAAGAACACCAUCCUGGCCCGGCAGAAGGAGAUGCAGGCAUCGCUGGAGAAGGUGAAAGGCCUGGUGCGCCUCAUCCAGGGCAUCAACCUGGUCCAGUCCCUGCAGGCCCCAGAGGGCGUGGCCAACGGCACGACGGACUGCACGAGCGGCGGCGGCAGCGGCGGAGGCGGAGGAGGCGGCGGGGACGAGGGCAGCGGCGAUGGCGACGGCGCGGGCGACAAGGACGCGGAGAGCGACGCCGUCGCCGAACCCAACGCCGAGGACCCGGAGCAGGCCGAGGAGGACGAGAAAGCGGACGUCACAAACAGCAGCAGCAGCAACAACAACAACCUCAAAACUUCAGAGCCUUCCCCGCCCCCCCCGCCCACCCCCGUCGACAGCUCAGACAGCGCAAAAUAACACCUGGCCCUCCCCACACAGGACAGGAACCCCCCUCCCCCCCCCAAAAAACAUCGGAGAGACAGCCCACUUGCACCCUGGAAUGGUGCCCCAAGUUGCCAAUCAAUAUAUAUGUACAUAUAAAUAUAUAUAUAUAUUUUUUGUUUUGGUUUUUGUUUUGGUUGUUGUCUCGUAUUGUUGGACUGUCAACAGUAGAUCUGCAUCCAGAGUGCCAGCCUUGGGAACAGGAGAGGACCCAAAAGAAAAAAAAAGAAACAAAAAAAAGGGGGCGGCUUUUGUACCAGCGUCAUGCCAAUUAAACACAGAAAAGAAAAUGAUGAAUAAUAAUAGAGAUGAUGAUGAUGAUGAUUAUAAUAAUAAUAAUAAUUUAAAACAUCACACCAGAGUGUGCCUGCAACAGUUGCCCCCCAUUCCCCCCCUUCUCCUCCUCCCCCUACCCCAAGAGCCUCUUGCGUGGAUUGUUUUUUUUUUGUUUUUUUAGGUCGUCUUCGAUUCGGAGGGAGAGUUGGGUCUAAAGAUGUCCAAAGACUGUUUGCCAUGGAACCCUCCCCCCCCCCUCCCUCCCCCGUGCCUCCAGUGCGGAGAGUGAAAACCAAAAUGACAACAGCACAGCAGCCCAGGGCCAGGGGUAAGCACGGGACAGGAGCAUCAGUAUUCUUCGACAGUGUGUAACUACCACGGUAUUGCUGUAUUUUUGAAUCCCGAGUUGGAUUUCGGGCGGUGACGAAAGAGGACGGUUUGCGAUUUGAGCCCCCUCCCCCCCUUCCCCACACACACACCUCCCCAAUACCACCUCACCCCAUGAAAAAAAAAAAAACAGCCGGUAAAUUUAGAAGGUUCCAGAGAUCACACCUCAGGCACUACCAACAUCCACUGUAACUUCCACUUCCUGUGGACCCAGACACACGGGACCGAAGAGGACAGGAGCUGGUGGCACAGGCUGCGUGAAACAAAAGGACCUCGGAAGUCAAGAGCGUGUAGCAACAGACCAUGCAUGGUAACUUCAUAGGGAAAAAAAAAUUGUGUCAGUCCAAUGUAGUGAGUGAGUCAUUUUGUGAGUCAGUGUGUCAACUUUCUGGGCAACAGUUACGAAACUGCAAGAAACGCAAUCUCAACAAAAAAAAGGUUCAAUUCCUGGGGAGUUGUAUACAGGAAAAGAUUCAGGUCUUCCUCAUGUUCAGAAACAUCAAAAAAAAAUUGAAAAGUGCUUUUUCUGUUUGAUAAAAUCAUUUCUAAUAAAAGGUGUUAGAACUGGAAUAGUUUUCUGUAAAUAUUUUUUUUAAGAGAUGAUAUUUGCAUAUAAAGUCUUACUUAUCUGUCAAAUUCUGAACUGCCAAAUGCUGUUGGACCCCAAUCUAGCAGGGAUGGAUCUUCUUUUAUUCAAUAUUAGCGAUAAUGGAGAAUUUGUACCGCAUAAAAAAGGGCAUGAAUGUUGCACCACCCUCAAUUCAAAUUAGCAAAAUAAGAGUAGAAUUCUUAAUGUCUGCCCAGGAUUUUAAUAUAUAGGAGCAAAUAAUUGUUGGGGGGGGGAUGGGGGGAUGGAAUCCUGGAAUUAAAGCACAAGCUUGUUGCAGAAAUUUGAGUCAUAUAACAUUGAAUAGCACUUUUUCAGCUUCUAAGCAUUCAGAUGAACAAGAAUGGAGAUUCUGCAUGUGUGUACAUGGUUAAAUAUGUCCAUAAUCGUUUAUGGAGUGUUGAAGCCUGCCAUUCAUUUAUGAAACAAAAGAAAUCAGGAAAAUGUUGAGUCACUCUUCAGACAGUUCCGCUGGUACAGAGAAUAUUGGUUAAUGGAGUGAAGUGUACUGAGUAAUAAGUUAAAACCCGCUUUUCUAAAUAAUGUCACAGAGAAGCUCUGAAAAUUCCUUUUCACAAAUGAGCAAGUAUCCCUACAAAGCUUCCAAAAAGUUAUUAGUGUUUUACAACUUUUGAAACUGGUAUUUGUAUUAAAUCAAGAUUUCAAAAUGCAUCAUUGAAACACAGGCUAUAGGUAAAUUGAGCACCCCCUGAACUCUGUUAUGCAACUGUACAAGCAAGCUUUCAUCAAAUUAGAGCUUGAGAAAAUGGAGUGGGAUUGUGGGAUUUGAAGUUUAAAGUUACUGAGCUUUCGUUGAUCUCUCUCCAGUUGUUGAGUAGCAUUCCGUUUUUCAUUUUCACAUAGUGUGACCUCUAUUGAACCACUCUUAAAUGACCCGUAAGAGCGCUUUAAAUUGGGUCACUGUCUAUCGCUACUGCCCUGGACAGAGAGCCUACCACUGGUACCACAGAUAUGUUUUUAUAUCAAUUUCCAUGUCAUAUCUCCAUAUCCCAUAGUAAUCCUCAUUAUGCUCGGGCAGAGAAAGCGAAAUGCCAGCCACCUAAUUUCUGUCAUCUUAAAGUGUGUGAGAUUUCACUGGAAGUAAAAUCCCUCACCUAAAGUGGAGCAACGUUUAGGCCUUGUCGUGUGAUGAGAGGAACUGAUUUUUUUCUAAACACAGUUCUGCGCCACAGGAAAAAUUUUAGUUUUCCCUUUUUUAGACAUUCAUUUAGGAAUACAUUGUGUCCAUAAUAACAGCUGGAAUGUUGAAGGAGACAUUAAUUUGUUUUAGUAUCAAAUUGUUUAUGAGUAAAUCCAGUACAAUACUUCAGGACGUGUGGCCAAGAAAGACGAGGGAAAGGACUGGAGAACGUUUUAUUCAGAGUCCAGAUUUGUGUGUCUUAGAGCUUCACCAUCUGAAACAAGGAAGAAGAGAGUGUUGUUUCAAACCUGUAUUAUCUUUCUGAAGGGAAGCAAACAAAUACACAUGAACAAAGUUUAAAAAUCCAAGUGAAUCACCGAGUUGCAUAAUACUAUACGCGGUGGACUGCCAGACCUUCAGGCACAAAAUGGAGUAAGGGCUUGUAUUUAGUUUAUGUAACCUGUCGGUACACAUUUACUGUUUGUCUGGUUGAAUUCUUUCCAAAUUCAAGCUGGACAACCUAUCCGAACUUUGAAACGUGCUGUGACUCCUCCUCUCCGUAAAGUGCAUUGAAAAGGACAUAUCUUCACCCCCGAAAUAGCAGCGCUACCUCACAGGAUUUCCCCUUUGGUUCCCAACCUUCCCACAUUUCGCCAGACGCUCAGGUGUCAUAAGAAUGGAGCACGUCUUUUCAUCGAUCCCUCUCGCCUUUUUUGUUUCUUUCCAUUAUAUUGUUUAUGCCGAGUGCCUUCUACCCACAUCAUACUCAUCGUAGUGUUUCGAUUUGCACUGUGGUUCUGAUGCAUUUCUCUACAUAUCCAUAGUAUACGGACAGGCUGAGUUUUUGUUCGUUUAGCUCAUUUUGUUCACUUUGUUUUGGUCAUUAGUUAAUUUUGUUUGAUUUCCAGUCUCUUGCCCGGUCUCAAUCUUCCCGAUGCUUCCCUACAAUUUGCCCACUUUUGAGAAGGCCGAAAACAAAUCGGACAUUAAGCACAACUGCAGAUUCUGAGACGAGACGUUCUUAUUAACUGCUGAGAAAUAAUCGCAGGUCUGUUGUGACCUUUAGUGGCACUGAUGGUGUGGACGUAUUGCGUCCGGUGUGUCUUGCCGUUUUCAUAGUAGUGUGGACACCACUCCCUCUGUCCCUCUGUGGUUUGAUGCUAUUGGGAUAAAUUGUUGUGUAGCAGUUGCCUUAAGACGUUUAUACUUGUCAUAAACAUGUUCUGUGUUCAGAGUAUUGUGGGUAUGGUUCUUUAGUAUCACAAGUGAGACGUGGAGAUCCAGUGAAUUCCUGAGCUAGGCAUGUAUGAAUGUGUGUAUAAUUGCGCGUAUACACAUGCGCACAUGUCUACCAAAAAAUUCACGUGUUGCACAAAGGUGAAAUGGUUCGUUGUAACAGGGCAGGGGGACUUGCGUCUACACUUAAAUGGAAAGAUUUGUUAUGAAUUUGUGUGAGAAUCGGAGGUUUAAAGUUGUCAACUUUAAGGCGUAGUUGGUUUAGUGAAUUUCUGCUUAUAUGAGUCACCUCUGGCUUCGGUAUUGCAACUGGGAUAGUGGCGUUGUAAACUUAAUGAUUCAAACGGAUAGAUAAUGCACAAUACAUUGCAAAUUAAAUGCAAAUUAAUUAGAUGCAAUUGUUAGCAUGAAAUAGGUUUGAUUUACACAUGUUCUGAUGCACUUUUUGUUGAGCGCAUUCAAAGUAUUAUUUUGAUUAGUUGGCCUCUGAAAGGCAUCUCUAUACACAUAUACAUAAUGUAUGUUGUAGAAAUCUGGGCAAUUAUAUUCCUUUUCUGAAUUGGACCGCCCAAACCUUUCCAGAGAUUUCAAUGAGCGAUUACAUUGUGUUAAAUGCUCUAGAUUGGUGAUGUCCCAGUGGUCACGACCUUAAUUUUUUUGUAUGUUCUUAUGUUCUGAAUGGGGUCUACCUGUUUUCCAUUUUGUAAACUCGGAUACAGUUCUGAUGUUCAGAGAGCCCUGGCCUGUCUGAGUUUGGGAGUUAAACUUCACAGUAACCCAAUUAGAAGGCCUUCUCACCAUUACUUCACCUCUUCAGUCAGUUUGAAUGCCUUCUUAUGCAAGUGUUCUGGGGAAUUUAAUUUACUGUUAAAUAUGCAUUUAUGUUCAAGUGUAUUUUAUUCAAAAUUUUUGAACAGGAAAUUUCAGUUUUUUUUUUUUUAAUAGCAGCAAUAUCUUUUGCUAAAACUGUUUUAGAAUAUACAUUUUGAAUGAUAAUUUCCUAAAUGAACAAACUGAUAACUGGCACUUCCAGACCCCUAUAAAUGCUGGAAAUUGUGCACAGAGAAAAAUGUGUGUAAUCUAAUUUCAUGAACUCUUGACUUUUUAUUUUGCAAAAAAAAAAGAACGACUGAGCUCAAGGAAAAUGAGAAUCUUUGAGCUUUAGUUCAUUCCUCUCAAAUAUAGGUACUCAAAUUAUGCCUUUGCUGAUGCACCAUGCUGAAUGUUGAUCAGCUUAAUUUCUUUGGGGAAAUGUGUUGGGGGUAGGGGAGGGGUCUAAGAUGAAUAUUGUGAAGUACAUUGUUCUGUGUGAAGAUUUUUAAAAAAGAAACAAAAGCCACACUUUGUAUAAAUUCAUGCGUUCAUGCUCAGAAACUGAUGUACCCAAAGAAUAUCUCCGUGUGUGUUCUGCUGUUUGAAUCCUUAGCUAUUUAAUAUGCAUCAUCAUUCAUGCCAGCCAAAUUUUUUAUUUGAGACCAUGUGAAUUUGUGCUUCAGCUGAGCAUUUUAAGUCCCCAUUCACUAAGGCUUCCCCCCCCCAAGGGAAUUAAGCCUUAUAGUGCUCUACAUUCAUUCUUACCAUAUUACAACAUUAUUGGUUGAAUACAGAUGAUGUCCAAUCCUAACUCUCCUGCUGGGGUGGAUCAUUUGAUAUUCUCAAAUACUUGCAGCCAUUGUCAAAUGGCAUACAGAACAACCCAAACUGUGUGUAGAGCAUUACUAUUACAAUAAAACAUGCAUACAUAAAAAUGGUGCAUUCUAAAUUGCAUAGGCACAAAGAUGUCGUCCAUAGACUUUAGCUCGUAAUCUCAUCGGUGCAUUAUAUAUCCUGUUGACACCAUAUUUCAGUAUGGUCCCAUUAGUUCUCAUGAUGUAUCACGUCACACCUGUGGCCUUCUAGUUUUAUUAUGUCUCAUCUUCACAAUAUUUGUGUGAUCUCCCAGAUGUUCACCACCUGCUACUUCUUACCUCACCAUGAUUUUGAUUGGAAGAUUCAUUUUAAAUGUGGGGGGAAAACAAAAAAAAUUAAAAGGUACAAAAAAUUAUAAUCUUCCACUUUGUUAAAAGAAAACAAAGACGCAUUGUAGCGAUAGGAAGAAGCAGAGGUACGCCUGACGUGCUGAACUAUAUGUAAAUGAAUUACACAAUCUGCAUAUUCUCUUGUAAGAUUGUUUUUUUUCAUAAUUAUGAAAAAGGAGUGUGUUUAUUUUUCCACUUUUGUUACAGAUCUUUUUUUUUUUGUUCGUUCGUUUGCCUGACAUUGUUAGUGAACCGCUGAGUUUCUUUGCCUCUCUCCUGUAUUUGAGCCUUCUCUGUGAUAAGUUAUUUGUAUGCAGUGUUUAGCAAAAUACUCUAGAGAACAUUGGAAGCAGAGGAGAUUAGGAGCAUUUGAUCAAUUUGUAUUUAUUUAUUUUACCAUUUUGCUAAAUAAAAUAACAAAAAAUC